UGACCUUUGUGGCUAGGCUGUGCGUGUUUUAGAACCUCACAGUGCAAGUUGUUUGUCUCUCCGGCCCCUUCAAAAACUCGCUUGGAUCUCUUGUUCAGAAUAAUGGCGAACAUUCGAGACCUGUCUCAAAGAAACCCCUUUGGAUCACCCUUCUCACCAAGGAAGCUCUCCGCUGCCAGUGGCAAUGAGGAACACAGUUGCGAGUUUGGUUCCGCGAAAUACUACGCUUUGUGUGGGUUUGGAGGCAUACUGAGCUGUGGACUGACACACACCGCUGUCGUCCCUUUGGAUCUUGUCAAGUGUAGGAUACAGGUUGACCCUGGGAAGUACAAGAACAUGUUCACUGGGUUCCGGCUGUCAGUGAAAGAGGAGGGCAUGCGUGGGUUAGCCAGGGGGUGGGCCCCUACCUUAAUUGGCUACUCAAUGCAAGGACUCUGCAAAUUUGGAUUCUACGAAGUCUUCAAGGUUUUCUACUCUAACCUACUUGGAGAGGAAAAGUCCUUCACGUACCGCACCAGUCUGUACCUAGCUGCGUCAGCCAGUGCCGAGUUCUUUGCUGACAUUGCCCUGUGUCCUAUGGAGUCAGUGAAAGUGAGGAUUCAAACUGGCCAUGGCUGGGGCACCACCCUCAGGGAGUGUGCACCUAAACUGUGGCAAGCAGAGGGAAUCGCUGGAUUCUAUAAGGGUCUUCCCCCACUUUGGAUGCGUCAAAUCCCAUACACAAUGAUGAAAUUUGCUGCAUUUGAGCGGACUGUAGAGUUCUUGUACAAGAAUGUGGUACCUGUGCCCAGGAGCGAACUUGGGAAGGGAUCUCAACUGGUGGUCACCUUUGCUGCUGGUUACAUUGCUGGUGUGUUCUGUGCUGUUGUGAGCCACCCUGCUGACUCUGUGGUCUCCAAGCUCAACUCUGUUGCUGGAAGCACUGCCAUGGGAGCACUCAAACAGCUUGGGUUCAUGGGCGUGUGGAAGGGUCUUGGUCCUAGGAUCCUGAUGAUUGGUACACUGACAGCUCUGCAGUGGUUCAUCUAUGACUCAGUCAAGGUGAUUUUCCGUCUACCACGCCCACCCCCACCUGAAAUGCCAGAAAGCCUCAAGAAGAAGCUACAAACUGGCUCAAACUAGGACAGUAGUUAACAUUGCCGAGAAACUGUACAAGAUAUUAUUUAUUAGGUCUAAUUAAUUUUGUGCUUAGUGAUCAUAAUUAGUGUGAAAGGACGUUGUAUUUAGAGUCAUUGUGUCCAUGGUAUUUUGAUGCAAGAUAAAAUCACUUUUCACCAAA